AUGCUGGAGGGUGCUGAGCUAUAUUUUAAUGUAGAUCAUGGGUACCUGGAAGGCCUGGUACGAGGGUGCAAAAGUAACCUCCUGACCCAACAAGAUUAUAUCAAUCUGGUCCAGUGUGAGACUCUGGAAGAUCUGAAAGUUCAUCUCCAAACCACUGAUUAUGGCAACUUCUUGGCUAAUCAAAUGAACCCUCUUACUGUUUCCAAGAUCGAUACUGAAAUGAGGAAAAAGCUUUGCAUGGAAUUUGAGUAUUUCCGGAAUCAUUCUCUUGAGCCCCUGAGCACGUUUUUCAACUACAUGACGUGCAGUUACAUGAUAGACAACGUGAUUCUACUGAUGAAUGGUGCAUUGCAGAAAAAAUCCGUGAAAGAGAUCUUGACCAAAUGUCACCCACUUGGCCGCUUUGUAGAAAUGGAGGCAGUGAACAUUGCAGAGACACCAUCUGACCUCUUUCAGGCUGUUCUAGUUGAGACACCACUGGCUCCAUUCUUUCAAGACUGUAUGUCUGAAAAUACUCUAGAUGAACUGAAUAUUGAAUUACUGCGCAACAAAUUGUACAAGUCUUACCUUGAGGCAUUCUAUAAAUUCUGCAAGAAUCAUGGUGAUGUUACAGCAGAAGUUAUGUGUCCCAUUCUUGAGUUUGAGGCUGACAGACGGGCUUUUAUCAUCACUCUGAACUCCUUUGGCACAGAAUUGAGCAAAGAUGACCGAGAGACCCUCUACCCAACCUGUGGCAAACUCUAUCCAGAGGGGCUCCACCUACUGGCCCAAGCAGAAGACUUUGAACAGAUGAAGAGAGUGGCAGAUCAUUAUGGGGUUUAUAAGCCUUUGUUUGAGGCUGUGGGUGAUGGAAGUGGGGGAAAGACACUGGAGGAUGUGUUCUAUGAACAUGAGGUACAGAUGAAUGUACUGGCCUUCAACAGGCAAUUCCACUAUGGUGUGUUUUAUGCCUAUACCAAGCUGAAGGAACAAGAGAUGAGAAAUAUUGUGUGGAUAGCAGAAUGUAUUUCCCAAAGACAUCGAACUAAAAUUAAUAGUUACAUUCCAAUUAUAUAG